UUUAGCUUUCGUAAACUAUGGGCAUUCACUGGUCCGGGAUUUUUAAUGAGUAUUGCCUAUUUGGAUCCUGGUAACAUUGAUUCUGACCUACAAGCUGGAGCGGUCGCAGGUUACAAGCUACUCUGGGUUCUCUGGUGGUCGACAGUAUUGGGAUUAUUACUGCAACCCCAUUUGUCUUAUUCAUCAGGUCGACAUCUUGCCGAACAUUGCCGUUUCAUUUACCCGUUGUUUCCGAGGAUUGUCGUUUGGCUAAUGAUGGAAAUCGCUAUUAUUGGCACUGAUAUUCAGGAAGUAAUUGGAAGUGCUAUAGCUAUUAACUUGUUGUCGUCUGGAAAGGUUCCAAUAUAUGCUGGUGUUAUUAUUACGGCUGUAGACACCUUUAUGUUUUUGCUAUUACAAAAUUAUGGCCUGAGGAAGCUGGAAGCUUUGUUUGCAAUGCUGAUUACACUGAUGGCAGGAACUUUCUUGUAUAUGUAUAUUAUAGCUGCUCCGGAUCAAGGAAAAAUUAUUCUUGGUGUCAUUGCACCCACGUGUCCUAAUUGCACAGCUGCGGAUGCAGAACAGGCAGUUGGUAUUAUUGGAUCAGUUGUGAUGCCCCAUAAUCUUUAUCUACAUUCAGCGCUAGUCUUGAGCCGAGAAAUAGAUCGAGACAUUCCUUCCGUUAUCAGAGAAGCUAAUAUGUAUUACUGCAUUGAAUCAUCUGUGGCACUCUUUGUUUCGUUUCUUAUCAAUCUCUUUGUUACCGCUGUUUUUGCUAAGGUAAAGAUAAAAUCGUUGGGCUUAAUUUUUAUUGUAUCAGUCUUGCUAUCAUUUCGUCAUGGCGACUGUUCCAAUGCCCAAUUAAGGACCGCAGGUAAUUGCAUUUAUCAAAAAUUUGGUAAAGCUGCGAAAAUUAUCUGGGGUAUAGGGCUACUUUCUGCUGGACAAAGUGCCACCAUGACGGGAACUUAUGCGGGUCAAUUUGUCAUGGAGGGCUUCACUGGCAUCUCAUGGCCAAAAUGGAAGCGUGCCUUUGUCACCAGAUCAAUCUCUAUAUUUCCGUCAAUGAUCAUAGCUAUCCUGGCUAAAGACGAUAUUGAUACACUGAACAACCUCAUUAAUGUAUCGCAGAGCAUUUUGCUGCCGUUUGCACUAUUUCCGCUGAUGCAUUGUAUUACUAAUACGGAAAUAAUGGGCCAAUUUAGGAUAGGAAGGUAG